AUGAGUUCUUCAGAUGUAUUUGGACUUGAUGUAUCACAAACACAAAUUUUUAUUUAUAAUUUCCUUUAUCUGAUGUCCCCAAAAGUUAUCCUGCAUGAAUUAUCUAUCAAAAUAAUUGUAAGAUUACGAAUAAGAGAACAAAAAUAUUAA